UUUCGUUACUUCAUUGCCACAAAAACACACCGCGUCCUAUGGUUGCCACUAAAGCAUGGCUAUUUCUCUAAACUCAGUCUUCGGCUUCAAUUUUAAGUAUGUCUCGAGAUCUACUGUUGGAGUUUCAGCACUUAAGGCGAAUCCUAUCACACCUCCCUUGCAAAUGUAUGGCUCUGGGGGACGUAUACAGCAAAAGAGAUGGGGGUUAUGUCUUUCACUUGCAGACAGUGACAGACUAGCCAUGAACAUUAAGGGUUCUGGAGAUGCUGAGAGGCUGGUUUCUGAUGAUCAAGUUUCAGCUGUGAAUUCCCCAUCAUUGGAUUCAGAUAGUAAUGUUGAUAAUGAAUCUCGCUCCCAGACCUCAGAGGCUAGUAAUGGUUCAAUGGUUUCUUCAAAUCUGAAGCAGGAGGCAUUUUCAUCUCCUAACUUGGAGUCCACAACAAAAAAAGCACCGCUAACAGCGAAAGAGAGAUUAAGGGCAGCUCGGGUCCUCAGCCGUUAUGCAGAGUCAAAGCCAUCUAAAUCAGAGAUGGGCAGUAAAGUAUUGGAUGCCAUGAGGGAAAGUGAUAAGGGGAAAAAAAGAUCUCGCCUUCCAGAGGCACCUACAAAUUUGUUUGAUGACAGCAAACGAGGAUUGCCAAAGCAAGGCCUGACUUUUCAGUUUCCAGGGGGUAAUGAUCUCUUUAUCAUCAUCUUUUCAUUUGUUUUUAUCAGCACAGUAAUGUUCACAACAACUUACAUAGUAUGGAAAGUUGGGGCCAUACAUUUUAAUGAGUACUAAGGUGGAGAGCAACCCAAUUCUGCAUUGUUGGAACUGCUAACUCCUUGACACAUCAUUGAAGAUCACACAGCCUCUUGAUUUUACGUACUAUGCAUUCCCAAAUGUUAUGUGGCAAAGAUUUUACUUUUGGAUGAGCCAUCUAUGCAUGAAUGUACAAAGUAUUGUGUGGUUGAUGUUUAUUAUCAAUGCUCAACCUUUUCAGCCUGGUAUGCUCUUGUAAUUAUUUUUCUUCGAAUCUUUUCUGCCAAGUAUUUAGAUUAACAUGAUAAGAGCAAGGUAAUUCCUAGAACUUCUGAAGCUCGGUUCUUUUUAGCAAUGAAUGCCUGCCUCUCAAUCUUCUUUUGACUGUACUUUCUCAUUAUCUGUUCAUAACUUGGGGAAGGAGCCUUGCUUCUUUUUUAACAAGAAGAUUAGCUUGCACAUUUCUGUCUCACUUGCAGCAAUGAAAUUUCUUAAGUGUUGCUAAACUAAGAUGAUAUUAACUGCCUCGUUAAGACUGAAAUGCUGUCUUUUUGGGAAUGGUGUAUUAGGUAAAAGGCUCCUUUAUCCUUUGUUUUUUCCUGAAGUAUUGUAGUUGCUCAAAUUUCAAGUUGUGCCCGUUGGUUCUUGAAUUUUCAAUAGUUUUUUUGCUACUUGAAACUGCAGUUCUAUUAUGUAAUUAUGAAUGAACUGAACACCUAGAAAAAUUACAAUUUAUGGGGAGCUGUUGAAUUUCCUACUGGCCUGAUUGAAUGACUUUACUGCCUGUUAGCUUCUUGCUAUGAUUUAGGGCCACGUAGCUCGGUCUAAUGCAUCCAUUUUGGAUUUCAAAAAAAAAUUUAAGGUGCCUGCAUAUGCUUUGAUAUAGAUAUGUGUUUGGCAUUGAAGUCAACCUUUUUCCCUGGAAGUUUCUCUGUAACUAAAAUUCCAAAUUUGUGCUAUUUCUAUAACCAAUGAAGCGUGUUUUUCAGAAAACGUGUCGAAUUUGGUAUUUGCUUGCUAUCAAACUGCCCAGCUUAUGGAGCAAUGGCCCCCAUAUGUCUCCUCACUGAUUGAUUCAUAUCCCUUAAAUGUCCUAACCUUCAUAUUUCAUUGGUCAUUGUGCUGCUUAUUGCAUACAGUUAUCUGUUAAACUGCAGUGUACAACAUGACGGACUCAUUUUACAUGAGAUUGUGAACCACAAGUACACGUCUGAUUCAGGCUUGAGCAAUUUGCUAGUCUUUUCGAAUUCAUCAGCUUAAUCUUUAGUCAUCCUCGUUGGAAUGAAGAGAAGUUGAUAAACAUGUGAUUGUUGCUUGUUAUAAUGUGCUUUUUACCGCUGUUUAGCAUAAAAAAACUGCUUGAUCAUGAACAUGGUCUUUAGUUAGUCAAAGUUAUUACGGCUUUGAUGCAUUAAAAUUGCUUGACAAAAACCCUUGGUGGCCAAGUGCAUCUAAGAAAAUGAAUCGACAUUUUCCACAUUUUUAUUGUGACACUUGCCGACGUUAAAACAUGAGAUUUGAAGCAGUGGGCUGGAGGUAAACAGUAGGGGUAACAAAAUCAUCGGCACCAUACAGUCUCGGAAAGAACUUGAACAAUAUGAGUGGUUGAUCAAAAAGUCAUGUCGAUCAUUGACAGCCUUUUAUUAUGAGUUGCAAUUUGAUUGUGAUU